GUCCAAAUGGUCAAAACACCUCAGACAACAGUCGAGCCAUGUACUCCGCAAAGCACACUGUAGUUGUAGCCCUGAUCCUCGUCCAGCUGGUGGGCCUCAUUCAAGGCGGAACCUACAGCUAUGAGGACACGUGGGCCAACAUAUAUUCUUCCAUGGAAUUCCCCGACAACGCUGUUCUCGGAGGCCUCGAUUCCGAUGGUUACUACAACUAUGUGGGUCGUGUGGCCUACAGCAGCAACAUUCUUCCUGCCCGAGUGGUUCCCGAGCUGACCAAAGCCACCUACAACACGGAUACGCUGAGCAAUACGGCCUAUACCUCCUUUCAGGUGCUCGUGUCCAACGCCACCGUCAGCUACCAUUGGAAGCGCAGCUUCGACGGCUUCCUGGAAAAAAAUGCCGUAUCCGUGGGAACUGACAGCAGCAACGAACGCGUCUACAUCUGUCGCUUCCGGGCUGACGAGGGACUCUAUAUUGGCACCCUCUACCUGGCCAAACGUGUCUGCAUCGUGAAGUACGGCCAGAAUCCAUUGAGGCAGUUCGACAAGUACGAGGUUUUGGUUAGGGAGCGCAAAGCUGAUGAGUUUCAACAAUUUGGCGUAUAA